UAUUUUUUAGUGAAGUGAAUUAAAAGGACGAGACGGCUGUAGGCAAGGACUAAGCUGAAAGAUGGAACAGAAUCUAUCGGAGAAAAAACCAGCCAUCGCCCAGACUGCAGACUUCGAUGUUAUGGGUGCCUUAGACUGGAAAGACGGCAUUGCCACCUUGCCUGGUAGCAACAUACAAUUUCGUUUAAGUGAGUUUGGAACACUGGAGAUCAUUACUGAAGCUGAAACAAAAGCUACAAAAAGCCUGUCUGCCUCAGCUAUAACUACCAGUUCAGUCCUCCUUAAUGCAUCUACCUCUUCUGCUUCCAGCAUCAUAACUGCUCGAAAUCCUGACGCAUCCCUAGAAAACAUUCCCAGAUCUGAGUUCCAUACUUGUGCAAGUCUCAAUUGUUCUGGGCAAAUGGAUGGCUUUGAGAAUCCCCGUUCUUGCCCUCAGGAGCAUAAAGACAGAGUUUCUAAGUGCUCCCCACCUGACUAUGGAAAUCAGACAAGUAGCGGCCAAGUGUAUGAAACUGAGAGACCCUCGAAGCGUCUACGACGGAAGAGGAAGUUGCUUUUGGAUUCUGACGAUGAGGAAGAAAAUGCAGAUGAUGAGGAGGAAAAGAAACUGAAUCUGAAAAGCCGUAAAAGUGCUAAACCAAUUAAGCAAGUUAUUCCUGGAAAGAAGUAUGUGUGGAACUGGAUUUCCUACUUAGAAGAAGAACGGAUGGUGGCCGCACCACUUAAACUAUUCAAAGAGUUGCAGUCCUUUCCACAAAAUAAGAAUGGAUUUAAAGUUGGAAUGAAGUUAGAGGGUCUGGAUCCUGAACAUCCAUCUUUAUUUUGUGUCCUUUCUGUUGCUGAGAUACAAGGGUACAGGAUGCGAUUGCAUUUUGAUGGCUAUUCUGAGUGUUAUGACUUCUGGGUUAAUGCUGAUUCUCCAGACAUCCACCCUGUGGGCUGGUGUGAAAAAACAGGCCACAAACUGCUUCCUCCUAAAGGUUACAAGGAAGGGGAAUUUAAUUGGGCUUCGUAUUUGAAGAAUGGCAAAGCUCAGGCUGCCCCCAAAACUCUUUUCAAGGCACUCAGCACACCAAUCACGCCUUCUGGUUUUCGAAUGGGAAUGAAAUUAGAAGCAGUAGACAAAAAGAAUCCUUCCCUAAUGUGCGUAGCGACCAUUACUGACAUGGUGGAUAAUCGACUGCUAAUUCACUUUGACAACUGGGAUGAAAGCUAUGAUUAUUGGUGUGAUGCUAGUAGCCCUUAUAUCCGACCUGUUGGUUACUGCCAAGAGACUGGAACGCCAUUAACAACGCCAGCUGAAUACAAAGAUUUCAAAAGCUUCUCAUGGGAGAAAUAUUUGGAAGAAACUGGUUCACAGGCAGCCCCAGCAAGAGCAUUUAAACUGCGCCCAGCCCAUGGUUUCCAGACUAACAUGAAACUAGAGGCUGUAGACAAGAGAAACCCCAUGCUAAUCCGAGUGGCAACUAUAACCGAUAAGGAUGACUAUCGUCUCAAGAUACACUUCGAUGGCUGGGACCCUAUCUUUGAUUUCUGGAUAGAUGCCGACAGUCCAGACAUUCACCCCAUGGGCUGGUGUGCAAAAACAGGACACCCCUUGCAGCUCCCACUAGGGACUGCAGAUCCAUCAGGGGCAGUGGGACAGGGAUGCCCUACUCCUGGCUGUCAGGGGAUGGGUCAUGUCAGGGGACCCAGAUAUGGAACACAUUACACUUUGAUUGGAUGCCCUUACUCAGAAACCAAUCGGAACAGAGAGAGUUCCUUACAGGAUCGCCUAGGUGGAGAGAGACCUUUACCAAAUAUCAGUAUUCAGAAGCCCAAGAAGCCUGAGCCUUCUGUGCCACUUUCCGAUCUACAGGAGGAUUCUCCGCAGUCCAGAAAGUCUUCCACACAAGAUGGGGAGAGAUCAGGAAGAAGCAGUGUCCACAGUCUAUCAGAGCAGUCCGAGACCAGCCACGAGAAGGACUGGACAGAAUCAGAAUCGUCUGCUAUCACCAAAAUCAAAUCCAAAAGGAUUGGUUGCUCACAUGGUUAUAUAAAGUUCCAGCUAAUGAAACAAGAAACUGAUGGAAGAGACACGGCGUUUGCUCUGCAGCAGGCCCUCCAUCAGUCUGUCUUCAUGCCGUCCCUUUCCACAAACCCGACCCACCGCCUCCAUCUCUGUUGGGAGCAACACUGCAAGCUGCUGCCGGAGGUCUCAGGCCUUACAGCCAAGAACGUGGCCAAAUGGAGCGUGGAGGAGGUGGCUGGCUUUGUCCAGCGUUUGCCAGGUUGCAAGGACCAGGCUGCUUUGUUCCGACAAGAGCAAAUCGAUGGCGAAGCUUUCCUUCUCCUAAACCAGUCAGACAUCGUUAAGAUCCUGAGCAUCAAGCUGGGGCCUGCACUGAAAAUAUACAAUGCCAUCCUGAUGUUCAAGACAGCUGAAGAAGCUUGAGACACCUCCUUCCUGACCAAGCUGGGGCACAAGGUUGGAGUUUGUGCAGAGGAAAGUGAGCGUCCACCAGCCCCCCCAUAACCAAUUCUGAAUAGGCUGGGACCUUGGAAAGGCAGCAUGGCCUUAAAUUGUAUUUCAGACUGACUUGGGUAGAAUCUACUGAAAGGAUCCCGAAGAAGAAGAAGAGGAAUCCCUUCUGCCACUUGGAAUGAAUGCAGUGGCUUCCCUUCUAGGAAGAGAUUAUUACUUUUUUUUUCUAAUUGAAUUUUGGAUAUGGUUAUAUUGAUCUUUUGUGAAGAUCUUGAAGACGCCUCCAGUUAUAAGAGGAAUCCCAGGUAUUGCUAUUGGUGGGGAGCCAAUCUCGAUCAAGCAAAGUGACUUUCCUGUUGACAGUGCCUACAGAAAGAGAGUCCAGGCUGUCUCCAGAGUCCUUGAUGUCUUCUGUCUGCACAGCCUUGAGAGUGGUUUGGGUUUUUUUAGUAGAAUGGGGAGAGUCUUCAAAACAGUGUUGUUUGGUUCCUAUUACCGGGAAGUUCAGGCAUCUGUUCUUCCCAGACUAGUUUGAAAUCCUUCUUUUUCAGCUAUCCAAAUGCCGCCAAUUAAUUUUGGUGUUUGUCUCUUUUUUAAAAGAAGUCCAGCAGCAUUUGCUUGGGGAGGAAAGGGGGUCCACAUGAAGUCCACCUCCAUGUAUGGUGAUUGUGCAGUGUGCUGCAUUGUUGAAGGGCACAGUUAAUAAAGGUCACAGGAGAGGGCUCAAAAGGCAGGCCCAUCAUUUGA